AUGGCCACGACAACCGCACAACCCGAGCCUCCACAACGUCCGCCCGUCCAUAACCCCUUGAUCGACAAUGUUGCCCUAGUGUUCGCCGUCGGCACGCCACUCAUCAUGCUGAUGCCGCCGCGCAAGAUGGACUUGCGCUUCUUUGCCCUCGCUGCUACAUUCUCGCUCUCCACGAAUCAUCUCUGCAAGUCCUACACGGGCGAGUCCAUAUACUCCCGAUUCAACAACCGCGUGUCCUCGGCCUUCGACAACGGCCUGCCUGAGAGUGCCCAGAGGACGCAGCGUCUGCUCAAGGAGCACAAGGAACGCGAGGCCGCUGCCAAGGGUCUCCCGCCGCCCGGCCAGGACAAGGUCGGCUCCAACAUCCUCAAGGACAUCUGGAUGGGCGGCGAAAAGGAGGACUGGAAGGAGAAGCGCGCAGAGGAACACCAGCGGAGCUUCGAGGAGGGCAAGGGCAUGAGUGACAUCAUCAUGGAACAGAUUGCCGACGUGUUUAGCGGCAACUGGGGAAGUACCAAGAAGAACCACGAGUCGGAAUCGACGAAACAGGACGAUCUGGACAAGGGAAAAAAAUGA